UGUGUUUUAGGUAUUUCAUGAAGUGAUGAAUUUCAAAUGAAUAUACUCGAAAUUAAAUCUAUGCCAUUUAGGUUUUCAUGGAGUUUUCUUAUUUUUUUAGUUUUAAACAAGAAAGUAAAAGAGUAUUGAUAAUGAUUAGUAUGUUUCAGAGGUUGGAAUUUUGGACUGUUGUUGUAUUUGUAUUAUGUAUGGCAGAGUCACAUAUAUCUACUAAUGAUAAUAAGAAAGGAUUCAUUCUCAAGAAUCUUAUUCGUUCUAUUCAUUAUAUACCUUUCUAAUAAUUAUUGUACAACAUUUAAACUAACCAAAUAUCAUCAUCACCAUUAUUAUUAUCUACCAAGAACACAUUCAUCAUCAUUAUUACCAUUACAAAAACGUUAUGAAUUAUUUGAACCCUUAGAUACAAAUUUAGUUAGAGCAAUGUUCAUUGGUGGUCAUACAGAUCGUUUACUUAAUCAUCAACAAAAUAUUAAAACUACUAAUAUAGAUGAUAGUAGUAUAGAUGAUAAUAUUUAUAAUCCAAGAAAUGAUCGUAACAAUAAUAAUGAUUAUAAUAAUAAUAAUUUAGAUGAAGAAUAUUAUAUCAAUUCAAAAAAUCAUCUUGGAAGUCUCAUGAGAUAUGGAUGAAUGAAUGUGAAUGGAGGAAAGAAACAUACACACACACACACAAAGAGUAAGCACUGAACAACAUUGACAUAGAAACAGAAUGUAACAUUUAAUUGUAAUGAAUUUAUUAUAAAGCUUAUUGAAUGACGAUGUAUAAUCUUAUUUUGAUUUCUAUAUAUACAUAUACAUAUUUGUAAGCAUAGAUUCAAUCUUUAAUUGUUUACACUUGCGGAAAUAAAACAUAUAAUGUAUGA